AUGAGGCAAUUAGGCAUCUUAAUGGAGGAACUCUCAAAUAGUAAACUGGUAAUUCAAGGUUUCAACCAGGGCAGCCAAAGAGUAAUAGAUUCGAGGACCACUUAUAAGUUGUUACUCGGUCGUCCUUGGAUUCAUGGAAAUGGAGUAGUAACAUCGAUACUGCAUCGGUGCUUUAAAUUUUAUCAAGAUGGCGUAAAGAAGGUUGAAGCCGACUCCAACCCAUUCUCAGAGGUCGAAUCUCACUUUGUAAAUGCAAAGUUUUAUUUGAAGAAUGAUAGUAGCCCAAAAGCCGUGUCUGUAGAAGUUCCUCUUACUGGUUCUAACAUAGACACAAAGAAGAAGGAAUCAAUAUCUCGCGUGUCGGUUUGCCACCGAAUUAAGCAUAUAGACGUCGAGAGUCGCCAUGGUAAGGAGUUUCCUUGUGAGGUAAAGGGAGAGGGAGAAAUUCGUAGCAAUGUUCCUUCCCGAAUGAAAAGAAAAACUUUUGUUACUCUCAAUACAAGUCAAGGUUCCUUGAAAGUGAAAAGACAUGAUGUUAUAUUAACUAAUUCUGAAAAGGAAGACUCAGAACAAGGAGAAGGUGAAAUAUCAUGUCAUCACAUCACCAUUCUUGAAGAAUUAGAGAUUGAAACUCUUGAAGAAGAUGCAGAAGAUAUCCAACAGAGUCUAGAGGAUAGUGGCGAAUCUACCGUAAACGAGCUAAAAGAGGUAAACCUUGGUACAGUAGACGAACCAUGCCCAACUUUCAUUAGUGCAUCUCUCUCUAGUGAAGAGGAGGGUAAGUACAUGAGUUUGCUUACAGAGUAUAAGGACAUUUUUGCUUGGUUGUACAAAGAGAUGCCACGACUUGAUCCAAAGGUAGCAGUCCAUCAUCUAGCAAUUAAACCAGGGUAUCGACCGAUUAAGCAAGCACAACGACGUUUUCGACCAGAGCUUAUUCCUCAGAUCGAGGUUAAAGUCAACAAGUUCAUUGAAGUAGGAUUCAUUCGCGAAGUCAAAUAUCCCACAUGGAUAGCAAAUAUUUUCCCUAUCAGAAAAAAGAACGGGCAGCUUCGUGUUUGUAUAGACUUUUGUGACCUGAAUAAUGCGUGCCCUAAAGAUGAUUUUCUUUUGCCCAUCACAGAAAUCAUGGUUGAUGCAACUACUGGACACAAGGCACUAUCCUUUAUGGAUUCGUCGUCUGGAUAUAAUCAAAUACGAACAAUCCUUUCAGAUGAAGAAAUGACAGCUUUCAAGACCCCAAAGGGAAUAUAUAGUUACAAGGUGAUGCCCUUUGGAUUAAAAAAUGCUGGUGCCACUUAUCAAUGUGCUAUGCAAAAAGUGUUUGACGAUAUGCUACAUAAGUAUGUCGAGUGCUACGUUGAUGACCUUGUGGUCAAAUCCAAGAGACGACAAGACCAUUUAAAGGAUCUAAAAGUUGUGUUCGACCGCUUGCAAAAAUAUCAGUUGAGGAUGAACCCUCUCAAAUGCGCGUUCGGUGUAACUUCAAGAAAGUUUCUUGGCUUUAUUGUAAGGCAUCGAGGGAUUGAGAUAGACCAGUCCAAGAUUGAUGCCAUUCAGAAGAUGCCAAGGCCAAAGAGUUUGCAUGACCUAAGAAGUCUCCAGGGACGAUUGGCUUACAUUCGAAGGUUCAUCUCCAACCUGGCUGGGCGGUGCCACCAUUUUCAAAAGUUGAUGAGAAAAGGAGAAACUUUUGUCUGGGAUGAGGCUUGUCAGAAUGCUUUUGAUAGCAUAAAGAAAUACUUGCUCAAUCCCCCAAUAUUAGGAGCUUCAGUACCUGGCGAGCUAUUAAUAUUGUACAUUGCUGCACAAGAAAGGUCUCUAGGUGCAUUGUUGGCGCAAGAGAAGGAGAAAGGAAAGGAACGUGCUCUCUACUAUUUAAGCAGAACUUUAGUUGGGGCCGAAGUUAACUAUUCUCCCAUUGAGAAAAUGUGCCUUGCACUUUUCUUUGCCAUCAAUAAGUUGAGGCAUUAUAUGCAGGCCUUCACGGUUCAUCUAGUAGCAAAGGCGGACCCUAUAAAGCAUGUUCUGUCUAGGCCGAUUAUCUCUGGACGCUUAGCCAAAUGGGCGGUUAUACUCCAGCAAUAUGACAUUGUCUAUAUUUCCCAAAAGGCGAUAAAAGGACAAGCGUUGAUAGAUUUUUUUGCGGACCACCCAAUUCCUUCAGAUUGGAAGUUAUAUGAGGAUUUGCCAGAUCAUGAAGUUUUCUUCAUGGUAGUGGUGGAACCUUGGACUAUGUAUUUCGAUGGCAUAACACGAAGGAGUGGUGCGGGGGCAGGCAUCGUCCUCAUUUCUCCUGAAAAACAUAUGUUGCCUUAUAGCUUUGCGCUUGCUGAAUUGUGCUCAAACAAUGUGGCUGAAUAUCAGGCCUUGAUAAUUGGCCUUCAAAUGGCAUUAGAAAUCGGAUAUGCCGUGAAACAUGAAGACUUGAAGCCAUACUUCACUUAUUCUAGACAAUUGAUGGAAAGGUUUGACAGUGUGAUGCUGGAGCAUGUCCCUAGAACAGGAAACAAAAGAGGAGACGCAUUGGCAAAUUUAGCCACUGCCUUGAUGAUGUCAGAUAACGAAGCGAACGUAACGACAUCUCAUUUGAUUAAUGAAGAAGAUUGGCGUCAACCCAUCAUAGAGUACUUAGAGCACGGAAAACUUCAGAAGGAUUCUCGUCAUAAAACUAAGCCUCCAGAACCUCUACACCCAACUGUUGCUUCUUGGCCGUUUGAGGCUUUGGGACUCGAUCUGGUUUGUCCUAUUACACCAAAAUCAUCAACAGGACAUUCUUAUAUCCUUGCAGCAACAGAUUAUUUCUCAAAAUGGGCUGAGGCCAUUCCCUUGAGAGAGGCCAAGAAAGAGAACGUGGCAAACUUUAUUCGUACCCACAUCAUCCAUCGAUACGAGGUUGUCCUUCCCCUUGAAAGAGAAAUCCCAUCAUUAAGAAUGCCAGUGCAAGAAGGGUUGACUACUGAAGACAAUGUCAAGUUACGUCUUCAAGAGUUAGAAGCACUUGAUGAAAAGCGGUUAGAAGCUCAGCAAGCAUUGGAAUGUUACCAAGCCUGA